UUCUCUGUGUCGUCAGAGCUCCAGGGAGGGACCUGGGUAGACCGAGAAGCCGGAAACAGAGGGCUGGGGCAGGCAGCCACUGCUUGCCCUGAAGAGGAAGGCCUGAAGAGGAGAGAGAGGGGGGGAGAGCGAGAGAGAAGAGAGGAAGAAGACUGAUUUUUGUCUUCCUCCGCCCCCCCCCCCCGCCCCGCUGCUGGUGGUGGAGGGGGUGCCGGCGGAGCCGGCCCUGAACCCGUGGACCAAGCUACAGACCUAUGGGGCCUGGCAGUGCCCGCUGAGAGGGAGCGGCUAGCAGAAGGGUUACCCAGGCAACCUCCAAACCCCACAUCAUGGCUCUAUGGGGUCUGGUCUCCAAGAUGCCCUCAGAGAAGCUACAGCGGCUCUACGUGGACUUCCCCCUACACCUGCGGCAUCUCCUGGGAGAGUGGCUGGAGUCCCAGCCCUGGGAGUUCCUGGUUGGCUCAGAUGCCUUCUGCCUCUCCAUGGCUAGCACCCUUCUUUCAGCCACUGUCCAGAAACUCCAGAAGUUGGCGGGACAGCAAGGCGAGGGGAGUGCCAUCUUACAACCCAUCAGCACCCUGGAGAGCAUUUAUCAGAGGGACCCCCUGAAGCUGGUGGCCAUCUUCAGACAAAUCCUUCAAGGGGAGAAAAAAGCAGUUAUGGAACAGUUCCACCAUCUGCCAAUGGCCUUCCACUGGAAGCAGGAAGAACUCAAGUUCAACAUAGCCCUGCAGAGGUUGAAGCACCGAGUGGAGGAGAUCCACCAUCUCCGGGAGUCCCUACAGCAGGGGCCCGAGACUGGCCAAGUGUCUCUGCGUAACUUGAUCGAAACACCAGCCAAUGGAACGGGACCAAGUGAGGCACUGGCCACACUGCUGCAGGAGGCUGUGGGGGAGCUGGAGGCGGCCCAGGCUUUGGUGCUGAAGAGGAUCCAGAUCUGGAAGCGGCAGCAGCAGCUGGCAGGGAACGGCGCACCCUUUGAGGAGAAUCUGUCCCAGCUACAGGACAGGUGUGAGAGCCUGGUGGACAUCUAUUCCCAGCUCCAGCAGGAGGUGGGGGCAGCUGGGGCGGAACUUGAGCACACCACCCGGGCCUCACUGGUCAGCCGGCUGGAUGAAGUUCUGCGCAUACUUGUCUCAAGCUCCUUCCUGGUGGAGAAGCAACCCCCCCAGGUUCUGAAGACACAGACCAAGUUCCAGGCCGGGGUUCGAUUUCUGCUGGGCCUGCGUUUCCUGGGAGCCUCGGCCAAACCUCCCCUGGUCAGGGCUGACAUGGUGACUGAGAAGCAGGCCAGGGAACUAGCCGGGCCCCAGGCACCUGGUGCUGCAGCAGAGAGCACAGGAGAAAUCCUCAACAACACCGUGUCCCUGGAGAACAGCAUUCCUGGGAAUUGCUGCUCUGCCCUCUUCAAGAACCUGCUUCUGAAGAAAAUCAAACGGUGUGAGCGGAAGGGCACUGAAUCGGUCACUGAAGAAAAGUGUGCCGUGCUGUUCUCUGCCAGCCUCACACUGGGCCCUGGCAAAAUCCCCAUCCAGCUCCAGGCCCUGUCUCUGCCCCUAGUGGUCAUCGUUCAUGGGAACCAAGACAACAAUGCCAAAGCCACCAUACUGUGGGACAACGCCUUUUCUGAGAUGGACCGUGUGCCCUUUGUGGUGGCUGAGCGGGUACCCUGGGAGAAGAUGUGUGAAACGCUGAACCUCAAGUUCAUGGCUGAGGUGGGGACCAACCAUGGCCUGCUCCCGGAGCACUUCCUCUUUCUGGCUCAGAAAAUCUUUAACGACAACAGCCUCAAUGUGGAGGCCUUCCAGCACCGUUCUGUGUCCUGGUCACAGUUCAACAAGGAGAUCCUGCUGGGCCGUGGCUUCACCUUCUGGCAGUGGUUCGAUGGUGUCCUGGACCUCACCAAACGUUGUCUCCGGAGCUACUGGUCAGAUGGGCUGAUUGUUGGCUUCAUCAGCAAGCAGUUCGUCACCAGCCUUCUCCUCAACCAGCCCGACGGGACUUUCCUCCUCCGCUUCAGUGACUCUGAGAUCGGGGGCAUCACCAUCGCCCAUGUCAUCCGGGGCCAGGACGGCUCCUCACAGAUAGAGAACAUUCAGCCAUUCUCUGCCAAAGACCUAUCCAUUCGCUCACUCGGGGACCGAAUACGGGACCUCGCUCAACUCAAAAACCUCUACCCCAAGAAGCCCAAGGAUGAGGCCUUCCGGAACCACUACAAGCCUGAACAGAUGGGGAAAGAUGGCAGGGGUUAUGUCCCAGCUAUCAUCAAGAUGAGCGUGGAGAGGGACCAGCCCCUUCCCACUCCAGAGCCGCAGAUGCCUGCCAUAAUGUCCUCUUAUGACCCUAGGAUGUCCCUGGAGUCUCCCAUGGUGCUUGGCCCAGAUGUGUCCCAAGUGUACCCUCCACAUGCUCACCCCAUCCCCUACCAAGCCCUUCCUGCUGAGGAGUCGGGCGGGGUGUUGUCAGCAUUCCCGGAGACUCGCCUGCAGAUCUCCCAAAACCUGAGUCAGAUGAACCUGUCCUUCACCCAGCAUCAUGCCUCCCUGCUGCAGUGCCAAUCUCAGGAGCAUGCUGUGUCCAGCUCUGAGCCCCAGCUCUGCCCAGAUGUGACCAUGGUGGAAGACAGCAGUUUGAACCAGCAGGCAGCAGGCUUCCCUCAGAGCACCUGGCCUAGCGAAGACAUGUUCCCCCCACUGCUGCCUCCCACCGAACAGGAUCUCACCAAGCUCCUCCUGGAAGGGCAAGCAGAGCCAGGGGGAGGGGCUCUGGGACCCCAGCCGCUUCUGCAGCCCUCCCACUAUGGGCAGACUGGGAUCUCCAUGUCCCACCUGGACCUUAGAGCCAACCCCAGUUGGUGAUCCCAGCUGGACGAGGAGCCCAGAGACACGGCUUUUCCACUACCCCAUGGACACUGCUCCUGCUCCUGCCCAGCAGAUGGGCAAGGCACCCUCCCAGCCCCACCCACUCUCUGGUCAGGAGGAAAAGACUACCAGGGGAAUGCACAGUGGGUGGAGCCACUCCAUUCCUUCCUUCCACACACUCCCGUCCAUCUCCUUCCAGCCCAGGAAGGGAAGUUCUGGCUCCAAAGUGAGACACACCCCAACAUGCCUGCACCUGCAGCACGCAUGUGCAUGCACACACUCACAAAGCUCUCUGGAAGGUAGGGCUGGGCUACAGCAUAAGUUAGGGUGUGGAGGGGUGCCACUGCGCACUCCGAGCCAGGGCCUGGGACACACACACAGGGACAGUUAUAUGGACACACUGGCCCUAGACGCUGGGCUAGUCGGCCUGGGCCUGGGUCCUAGCUCCCAAGGGUGAUGGGGAAACAGUUUAAUAGGAGGGACACUGGGUGGGAGGAUGGGAGAGCGGGUGGGCUCUGGACAUGUGUACAUUGACCACAUUAAGAAACAAGUCCCCUGGGAUGGAAGCUUUUGGUUUGAGUAUGCAGGAGUAGGAGUCCAAGGCCAAGUUUCUUUGUGUGUGCAUGCAUAGACAUGUGUGUACCCGAGACAGAUUAAUGCAUACAUGCUACACCUCAGUUAUAUGAGCACAUAUAAUCUGUGUUUAUCUGCUUUUGCCCAUGUGACCACACGCAUCUGGGAGUAUGAGA